AUGGGCGGUGCCCGCGAAUACGACUCCCUACUCAUCUCGAAAACUAUCGUCAACGAACUCGAACGUCCCAUCCCCCGCGACGCCCUCACCUCCUGCUCCGACACCAACCUGACCGCCCUCGCCCAGCUAUGUGCUCUCCGUCUGAACGCCUCGCGCGCCCUCGUCUCCCUCUUCGACAGCCGUCGUCAGUACAUCGUCGCCGAAGCCACGCCCACCAUCCCCCUCCACGCCAAUGCCACCCGUAUCCAAGACCACCUGUGGCUCUGCGGCACGGCGGUCCCUCGUGCCUUUGGCAUCUGUGACCACGUUCUCGUCGACGCCGACGCCCAUGAGGCAAUCCCCACCGAAACGGUACAGGGCACGCUUCCCGUCCUUGUCGUCCCCGAUCUCGCCGCCGACCCGCGCUUCAACACCCGCUCCUUCGUCAAGCAGGCACCAAACCACCGCUUCUAUGCCGGCGUACCCAUUCGCUCGCCCAAGGGCUUCAACAUUGGUGUUCUCUCCGUCUUCGACCCCGAGCCCCGCCAGUCGCUUCCCCCCGACCAGGUCCAGUUCCUGGCCGACCUCGCCCAGACCAUCAUGGGCCACCUCGAGUCGAGGCGCCGUACCGAGAGCUACAUCCGCAGCGAGCGCAUGGUGCAGGGUCUGGGCCACUUUAUCCAGGGCAGAGACCAGCCCGCCACCUGGUGGUCCACCACCGACCAUCACGUCGCCGAAGCCCAACCCUACGAACCAGAUGACCUCCCUGUUCCUGAUGUGCCCUACAUCGAUGUUGGCGAAGAUGGUCUCUUGGAGGCCACGGACCAGUGCCCCGAACUCAUCCGCCGCCCAAGCCUGAGUACUGCCUCCAUCGACGGCCAGGCCGGCUCCUGCGCAGGUUCUGCCGACACGUUUGGCACGAUGAGCACCAACGCUUCGAGCGUGCCGCCUGUGGAUCCCCACCCGGCCGAAAUCGAUCGCAUCUUUGCCAAGGCUGCUCACAUCAUCCGGGAGUCGCUCGACGUUGAUGGAGCCUUGUUCCUCGACGCCAGUGUCGGGUCAUUUGGCGGGAUGUUUAGCCCGGCGCCGCACAAGUCCUCUACUGGUUCAGACGACCCAACCUCAAGCAGCGAGGACAGCGGGUCUGGGAAGUCCGGAAUCAGCGACGAAGAAACACCUUGUCAUGUCUUUGGCAGAUCCACGUCCCACAACCACCCCGUACCCAAUAUAUUUAACCAGGCGGAAGCCGAGGCCAAUACACUGCCGACGCUGACUGACAAGUUUCUGAAGAAGCUCAUGCGUCGCUACCCGAAUGGCGAGAUCUUCAGCUUCGACCAAGCCGGCUCCUGGUAUUCAGGCGAAUCGUCCGUCGAGGAUUCGGAUCCCUCGUCCCAGGAACCUGAUGCCAAGGAGAACGCCUCGCAGCCCAAGCUUCCCAGGUCGGCGGCCAAGGUGAAAGGGUCGCCCUACUCCCGCAGGAACGAGGCCAUGACUAUCGGUUCGCUCUUCCCUGGCGCACGGAGCGUGGCCAUGGUACCCCUGUGGGAUCCUUACAAAGAGAGAUGGCAUGCGGGCGGUUUCGUAUGGAGCAAGAACUCGGCGCGCAUGAUCACGACGAUUGCAGAUCUGCCGUAUCUGAGGGCGUUUGGCAUGAUCACCAUGGCGGAGAUCAGGCGAUUGGACGCAGCCGUAGCCGACAAGGCUAAGGCGGACAUCUUAGGAUCUUUGAGCCAUGAGUUGCGAUCCCCACUACACGGCAUCGUGGCCGCUACUGAGCUGCUACACGGUACCCAGCUGGAUGCUUUCCAGGUUGACGUGGUUCACACUAUUGAGAUUUCCGGCAAGACGCUCCUCGACAUCAUUGAUCAUUUGCUGGCACAUAGCAAGAUCAACACAUUCCUGCGAGCUUCGAAAGCACGUCGGAGAAACAAAAAGGGCCGCCGUGGUCUCCUACACGAAGACCAGGAACCGACGAACAUCGAAGCCGGCAUGAUGACGCUCGUAUCAGAUGUCCAAGUUGACUUGCUUGCCGAAGAAGUCAUUGAAAGCGUCUUCAUCGGACACAGCUUCCAGCACAUGGUGGCCGCGCAACUGACCAGGCAUGGUGCCCAGGGGCCCAUGAGCCCGGCGCAAGAACGUCUGGAUACCAUUUACUCGACCGACAUGAGCAAGUCGCGGAUCAACCCAGACAACCUGCCGACCCACAUUGGCAACGUGCAGGUCAUCGUCGACAUUGAUCCCAACCCCGCGUGGACCUUCAGCACUCAACCGGGAGCGAUCCGGCGCAUUAUUAUGAACCUUUUCGGAAACGCGCUCAAGUACACGUCUCACGGCCAUGUCAAGAUCAGCCUCAAACAGGAGGAGGCUGGCGUCAAGAAUUCCCCUACGUCUUCCCAGGCCGUCGUCGUCGUCGCCGACACGGGCAAGGGCAUCACCGAAGAGUUCCUUCGCACCAAGCUCUUCACCCCGUUCUCGCAGGAAAACCACCUCGCUCCCGGUACCGGGCUCGGUUUGAGUCUCGUCCGGCACAUUGUCGCCUCACUUGGGGGGUCCAUAACCGUCAAGAGUCGCGUCGGCAGGGGUACCACCGUGACGGUCUCUCUGCCCCUGACUUUCUCUCAAAGGCAAGAGCGGCUAAAGGAACCCGACGCCCGUUUCUCGUUUGACAGCCAGAUUUUGCAGUCAAUUCGGGUCGCAACGACUGGUUUCACCGACAAGACCCUGGGACCCAUUCGUGUGCAUGGUUCUUCGGCGGUACCCAUUGACUCCCUCCCACUGAACUGGUACAACAUGCAACUAUGUAAAUCCAGCGGUAACGACGGCACGGUCGCUCCCGAUGCCGAUGUUGUCAUUUACAGCGAGGCUGCUUUUAGCCAACUUGACGCUCGCAGCAUCAAGGAGCAUCCCCUGCCGGGCAUCGUUGUCUGCCACAACGCGGGCAAUUCGAUCAAGUUUGACGCUGUGCUCAAGCAGACAGCGGCGGGCGCCGUUUUUGAGUUUAUUCAUCAGCCAAUCACGCCGAGAAAGUUCGGGAAAGCGGUUGCCACAGCCUUGACCCGGUGGAAGCAGCUGAAGGUGGUCAACACGGUCGCGGCGGCAUCUGUCUCGAAUGUCAAGAAGAGCAAUUCAGGGGCCAACAGUCUGCAUUGUAGCGGCACCAAGGAGUUGAGUUCUAUCGAAAACCUGGGACAGGCCAACGUGUCGGGCAUAGGGUCCCGUCUCUGGAACAUGGACAUCGACCCGGACUUUGAGCUGGCGCUGCCGCAGCGGCGUACUCCGGCGCCGGCUUCUGCUGAAGCCAACAGCAUCAAGGAACUCGAAGCAGCCAGUGCCAUCAAAGCGCCUAGCCUCGCCGAGGCAGUCACUGAGGCAGAUGGUGCCAACGAGCAGGCCGAAGGCAAUGAGAUCAUUGAAACCAACUCAAGGAGCAGCGACAGUACUGCAACCAUAUCGCCUCAAGCAUGCGACCGCCCACAAUUCCUCAUUGUGGACGACAACAUUAUUAAUCUCAAGAUCCUCUGCAUUUUUAUGAAACGUCUCGGUCGCGAACAUUGCACCUCGAUGAACGGCCAACAAGCCCUCGAUGCAUUCUCCGCAAACCCUGAGAAGUUCUGCUGCAUCCUGAUGGAUAUUAACAUGCCCGUCAUGGACGGCCUCGAGUCGACGCGACGCAUCCGGCAGUUCGAGCGGUUGCACAAGCUCGACCCCACGACCAUUAUCGCCAUCACAGGGCUGGGGUCGCAGGACGCUCGGAAGGAAGGGUUCGCGAGCGGGCUGGACCUGUUUUUGACGAAGCCGGUUCGGAUGAGGGAGCUGCGCACGAUCCUAAAGGAGCGCGGACUCGGUGAGACAGAGGAGGGCCAGUCGCCCGAGCCGGAGGCAGCGGCUGUUACGACGUGA